UGAAAUUCCACUGACAGCAAAGAACAAGCAAACAUUGGGUCUGCAGAACUUGAUGCAGCAUUUGGGAUUUAGAUAGCGUUCAUCUGAAUAAGGUCAGUUGCUUGUGACUUGCACUGGGAAUCACUCACUGUGAAGACCACGCUCUGUGAUAAAGCUGGACCAAUUGAUAGAGUGGCACAGUGGCAGAGCACAGUCCCAGGACACUACAUUUCAGUCCUGGCCCAGUCACUGUCCCCCAUAUCUGUGUGUUAACUGGUGACAAUAAAUUGCCACUGCGUGAGUGUUUCAUGACUAUGCCCUGGCUGUACUGGAACCCCGUCUGGGGUCGGUCCUGUCCUCACGCUCAAUUAGGCAGGAUUUUUCUUAACUCAGACAAAAACAUGAAGCCUGGUAUCCGAUCCAAGGUUGGUGCCUGCCUUGUCUCUAGUGCUACUGGGUCAGACUCCAGUUUCCAACUACCACGUAAUCGAAAAAAUGAAUUCAGAAAAUGGAUGGGUGGAUGGAUAAAUAUGUUGUGCAGCAUAUUAAUGAUCCUUGUAGGGAUCAGAUUGUCUGUUCUGCCUGUGCACGGACUCCAGGAGUUUUACUAUCAUUAUGGAAAUUAUCAGAUGAACUGGACAAAUGCACAGAAUUACUGCCGGAGUAACUUCACUGACUUGGUGACAAUUGCAAACAAUGAAGAACUUAAGGAAAUUCUGGACAUGCUUACAAAAGAAAAUGUCUCUAACGAAGAAAUCUGGAUUGGGUUGAAAGAUAUAAAUAUGACCAAUGGAACAUGGAGCAAUGGUGAAACAUUCACUUACCGAAACUGGAAUGAAAAGGAACCAAACAAUAAUAAGAUAGCCUGUGGCACCAUGUACUACCAAAACAAAAGAGAAAACCACAAUGGUACUUGGAACGAUUGUGGCUGUAAUAACAUUAAGACCGCCAUCUGCUAUGCAGUGAAAAGGAAGUUCCAUGCUGUGAACACCAGUAUGUCUUGGCUCUCAGCUCUUCAGUACUGCAAUUCCAAUUACACUGGCAUGGCCACCAUCCGAAGUGAAAGAGAAGAGUGGCAUUUGCUGAAGCACCUCAAUGAAUCCAACAUACAGGAGAAAGUGUGGCUUGGGAUGAGGAGCUCCAGGGUCUUUGGAUUCUGGUUCUGGAUGAAUGAUGAUCCCGUGACUUACCAAAACUGGGUAAAUGACUCUUCAGGGGCCAUUCAAGACAAUCUGGACUGUGCCACUCUGGAUCUGAAUCAGACGAAGUGGGUCAGGAAGGACUGUGCAGAAGAAGCCCCAUUUGUCUGCUAUACGGCAAAGCAAGAAUUUAUGUAUCAGAAAAGUCUAUUUAAACACUGGGCACGGACACAAACCUCCUGUGCAGAACCUGAAAAUCCAAUAACAGCAAAGAAGAAGGAGACAUUGGGUCUGCAGAACUUGAUGCAGCAUUUGAGAUUUAGGAUUUUUCUUAACUCAGACAAAAACAUGAAGCCUGGUAUCCGAUCCAAGGUUGGUGUCUGCCUUGUCUCCAGUGCUACUGGGUCAGACUCCAGUUUCCAACUACCACGUAAUGGAAAAAAUGAAAUCAGAAAAUGUAUGGGUGGAUGGAUAAAUAUGUUGUGCAGCAUAUUAAUGAUCCUUGUAGGGGUCAGAUUGUCUGUUCUGCCUGUGCACGGACACCAGGAGUUUUACUAUCAUUAUGGAAAUUAUCAGAUGAACUGGACAAAUGCACAGAAUUACUGCAGAAGUAACUUCAAUGACUUGGUGACUAUUGCAAAUAAUGAAGAACUUAAGGAAAUUCUGGACAUGCUUACAGGAACAAAUGUCUCUAACGAAGAAAUCUGGAUUGGGUUGAAAGAUAUAGCUUUAACCUCUGGAACAUGGAGCAAUGGUGAAACAUUCACUUACCGAAACUGGAAAAAAGGGGAACCAGACAAUAGUAAUAUAGCCUGUGGGACCAUGUACUACCACAGAAAAGAAGUAAACCACAAUGGCACUUGGAAUGACUGUGGUUGUCAAUACACUAAGCCAUUCGUCUGCUAUGCAGUGAAAAGGAAGUUCCAUGCUGUGAACACCGCAAUGACUUGGGUCUCAGCUUUUCAGUACUGCAAUUCGUAUUACAAUGGCCUGGCCACCAUCCGAAGUGGAAGAGAAGAGUGGCAUUUGCUGAAGCACCUCAAUGAAACCAACAUACAGGAGAAAGUGUGGAUUGGAAUGAGGAGCUCCAUGAUCUUUGGACACUGGUUCUGGAUGAAUGAUGACCCAAUCAAUUACCAAAACUGGGUAAAUGACACGUCAGAGGGCAUUCGAGACACUUGUUUCUGUACCAGCCUGGAUCCGAAUCAGAAGAAGUGGGUCAGGCAGGCCUGUGCAGAACGAGCUCCAUUUGUCUGCUAUACAGGGAUCUCCCUUUUCAUGAAAAGAAAUUAAGACAGAUGUCAAGCUUCCUCCAGCCUCGCCUUACAUUUCUUCCACAAUACCUGA